ACCAUUGGGUUCUAAAACGGCAGGUACACCAGCAGUGACAAGAGCACGACGAAUGAUGUCAUUAAUAUUUGCAUGACGCGGUAUACGCCCCGCGCUCCUGCCGCAGGACAGGCCAUGAUGACCAAGGCAAUCGACUCUUUCACCGCAUUGGCAAAGAUGAGAUGCGACACAUUGUACACCCAAUAAAAUAAACUAUUAUUUUAGACGGGGCACUUUAAUACACUAGAGGGGCAGAUUGAUACGUAUCAUUGUACCCCGCACAUUACCGUAUCAAAGUGCCCCAACGGACUUUUUCCACAAACAAUUAAUUUGAUCUAAUAUAUAAUAAUAAUGCAAUCAAAAACAUUUUAAAAUACAAUAAUAACUAUAUUUACUUACCUGUAGUAACAAAUAAUAACAAAAACAACUAAAAGAAUCCUCCUGAGACACAAUUACAUUUCACGUUUUUUCUUUGUAGGCAGCGGCGCACGCCACUUUCAACACGUUAGUGACCGUUGAGGUCCAAUGGCAAACUAGCGGCGAAUGGUGUCACAACUGUCAUUCUUGUAAAUGCCCUUGAGCAUUCUAGUGAUGUGCCGGACUGUGUAUCGUUUAUCGGUUUUGAGAUAUAGAUACUGGACCAAUGUGCCCCCCCUCCCCCUACUUAAAUUCUCUUCUAAAACUUUAAAUUGAGUGGAUAGACAAACGUAAAUAAAAACGCACGUGGCUAGCUCUGACGCGUCAUAACGCAAUACUGUCGCGUUCACACUUGUUUGAUGCGUCGUACGGCGGCCGCUCCCCCGCCCACCUACCCCCACCCCUCUGAUGCGAUUGGAAUCUCGUCUGACGCGUCGCAUCAGAAGCCAUCACAACAGAUAGCGACACACAAAUAUAAAUCUCACCAUACUAAAUGUAUGAAACCGAUACCAUUCUGAUGCGUCACGUCACAACACGUCAGACAAAUGUAAAUCCGGCUUUAAGCCAUGUAUUCACUGAGCAACAGUGUUUCGGAUACACAGUUUCUGAAACAUCACGUAAAUGUUUCCAGGAACAAUGUUUCGGAAACUCUGCCGUCCACACAGUCAGUUGCUUAGGUCAUGUCGCCCGAGGAAGUAGUGUUGUUAUGUGGUGCCUACAUUUUUUUGCAUAAGUCCAUUUCUAGUAAAAAGAAACGUAAAAGAUGGUGGGUCAGGAAUUACUUGCUAAGAAGACAAGACGUAUUAAGUGAUUUAUGCAUGUUUGAUGGAUCAUUUAUAAACUUUCUACGAAUGUCAAAAUCAGAUUUUGAAUAUCUUUUGCAAAAUGUUGGACCAUUUAUAGAGAAACAAGAUACAAACUUACGAAGUGCAGUUACCGCUGAAACAAGACUAGCCAUUACUUUAAGAUAUUUAGCUACUGGAGAUUCAUAUUCUUCACUCUCAUACACUUUUAGAGUUUCCAAACAAUUAAUCAGCCGGAUCAUACCCGAAGUUUGUAAGAAUAUAAUACGUGUGUUGAAGAACUACAUCCAGGUUCCGAGUUCCGAAGCGCACUGGAAAGAAAAGGCCCGUGAGUGGAACGAAUUAUGGAAUUUUCCACACUGUGUCGGAGCUAUAGAUGGGAAGCAUGUGGUUAUUGAAGCGCCUAGCAAUAGUAACAGUGAUUACUACAACUACAAAGAUCAGUUUAGUAUUGUACUACUGGCUAUUGUAGAUGCAUCUUAUAAUGUUAUAUAUGCAAACUGUGGUGCGAAAGGAAGAGCAUCUGACAGUGGCAUCUUUCAAGAAACGAGUUUCUAUCAAAGAAUGGUGGAACACCGUCUUAAUUUUCCAAACCAAGAAACGAUAUCACCAGAUGGACCUGACCUUCCUUAUGUAAUACUGGGCGAUAGUGCAUUCCCAUUAUCGGAAAACUUGAUGAGGCCGUACCCGGGUAUUCAUAACCGUGGCACAAUGAAACGAAUUUUCAACUAUAGACUCUGUAGGGCCAGGAGGGUUGUAGAAAAUGUUUUUUGGAAUUUUAUGCGUGGUUUUUCGUGUAUUUCGUAA